UUUCUUAGUUUUUGCUAACGGCAAAAACAUCUAGUUAGCUAUCAAGAAUUGAAUAUGUUUCAAAGCAGCACGGAGGAGGUGACCACGGGCGGCGGAGGCACACCUGAAUCAGGACAAAGCUCUGGCGUGUCUCCGUUGGGUCGAGGUAGGCAUGAUGUGCCGGUCUCCAUGGACCCCGGGUCAUCCUCAUCCUCAUCACGCCAGAGUUCAGGGGCGCCAAACACAAGUUCUCGCCGCGCUUCAUCACCUGCGUCCGGUCCAUCUCAGCAUCUUUUUAGAUUGGGUCAGGCUGGUCACUUCAUCCCUCCAUCUACCACUGGCAGCUCUUUCAGGGGAACCCCACGAUUCAGGAAGACCCCAGGUUCUGGUGGCCCAGGGGCCCAUUCUGCACGAACCCCGCUUACUGAGCAUACCGGAACGACCUGCUCUUCUGCUGCCUCCACCAGCUGUGCCUCGGUGAUUGUUGCUGUGGUGGAAGGCCGGGGUUUGGCCAGGGGAGAGAUCGGUAUGGCCAGCCUCAACUUAAAAUGCCCCGAGCUUGUCCUCUCUCAGUUUGCAGACACAGGGACCUAUGCUAAGGUAAUCACCAAGCUUCAUAUCCUGGUGCCGUUGGAGAUACUGAUGCCAGACACAGCCAGCGAGAAGGGUAAAGGGACCAAGCUGUUCAGCCUCAUCACAGAGAACUUCCAGACGGUUGCUUUUACUGCAAUCCAAAGGAAGUACUUCAACGAGAGGAAGGGACUGGAGUACCUUCAACAGCUGUGCGCUCCAGAGUUUGGGACAGUCGUCAUGGAAGUGCAGGCUAAGUAUUAUUGCUUGGCGGCUGCGGCCUCAUUGCUGAAAUACUUAGAGUUCAUCCAGAACUCCAUUUAUGCUCCGAAGUCGCUUAAAGUCAUCUUUAAAGGGAGUGAACAGACCGCCAUGAUCGACUCAGCGUCUGCCACUAACUUGGAGUUGGUGGUGAACAACAGGGACCGCAGGAGCGAACACACUCUUUUUGGAGUGCUCAACUAUACAAAGACUAUGGGUGGUGGUCGAAGGCUGCGCUCCAACAUCCUGGAGCCGCUGCUUGAUGUGGAUACCAUCAGCCUCCGCCUGGACGCCAUACAGGAGCUGCUGCAGGAGGAGGAGCUGUUCUACGGCCUGAGAAAUGCAAUAGGUCAUUUCCUCGACAUAGAUCAACUGCUCUCGGUCCUUGUCCAGAUUCCAAAGCAGGAAACGGUACAAGUUGCUGAGGCCAAAAUCACACACGCCAUUCAGUUGAAACACACACUGGAUUUAGUGCCAUCCCUAAGGAUGGUGUUAGGGAAGUGCACCACUGCUCUGCUGAAGGCUUACAGCACCUCGCUAGAGGAUAACAGGUUUGACACAAUCCUGGAGCAGAUCAAGACAGUAAUUAACGAUGACACCACCUACAUGAAGGGCAGCCUCAGCAUGCGCACUCAAAAGUGCUACGCUGUGCGGCCCAACAUCAACCAGUUCCUGGACAUUGCCCGACGGGCGUACACUGAGAUAGUGGAUGACAUUGCCGGGCUGGUUGACCAGCUGGGGGAGAGGCAUGGCCUGCCCAUGCGUACCAGCUUCAGCACGGCCAGAGGUUUCUUUAUCCAGAUGAAGCUUGAAGGGGCAGCCUUUCCAGACGGAAAGCUCCCAGCCGAGUUCCUCAAGGUAACCAAGCAGAAGAACAGCUACAGCUUCACUACUGCAGAUCUGAUGAAGAUGAACUACCGCUGUGAUGAGGCCCUGAGGGAGAUCUUCCACAUGUCCUAUGUGGUAAUAUGCCAACUGCUGAGUAUUGUCCAUGAGCACAUCCACUGCCUCUACAAGCUCUCAGAAGCGGUCUCAAUGUUGGACAUGUUGGUGUCGCUUGCUAAUGCAUGCACAAUGUCAGAAUAUGUGCGUCCAGAGUUUACAGACACACUGGCCAUCAAACAGGGCCGCCAUCCCAUUCUGGAGCGCAUCGCCGGCCGGCAGCCCGUGUCCAACAACAGCUACAUCUCAGACGGAGCCAACUUUGUCAUUGUCACUGGACCCAACAUGAGUGGAAAAUCCACUUACCUCAAACAGGUGGCGCUGUGUCAGAUCAUGGCUCAGAUAGGCUCCUUCGUUCCUGCAGAAUAUGCCUCGUUCCGCAUCGCUGAUCAGAUUUUCACCAGAAUCGGGGUGGAUGAUGAUUUUGAGACCAACUCUUCCACCUUUAUGGUGGAAAUGAAGGAGGUCUCCUAUAUAAUCCACAAUGUAAGCAGUAGAUCUUUAAUCAUCAUCGAUGAGUUGGGGCGUGGCACCAGUGCAGAGGAGGGUAUUGGCAUCUGCCACUCGGUGUGCGAGUUCCUUCUGAGCCUAAAGGCAUUCACUUUGUUUGCAACACACUUCCUGGAGCUCUGCCAGCUAGAGGCUCUCUAUCCCAACGUGGAGAACCAGCACAUGGAGGUGCAACACUCGCGCGGGGAGGCCGGCGCAGAGACAGUGGUCUUUACCCACGUGCUGUGUCGAGGACGCUCGGAGGAAAGACAAUACGGUUUGAGAGCAGCAGAGAUGACUGCCCUGCCACAAAGCAUUAUCCAAAAUGCAAAGGCCAUUUCCUCAAGGGUCAGCCAGCAUCUUUUGGCCAAACAGCAGAGUGAUCCAGAAACACAACAGCAGAGAGCAGUGCACCACCUGGCCACUCGCCUCUUGCAGACUGCUAGGAACUCUAAACUGGACCAAGACAGCCUGAGAAUCUAUCUGAAAGGCCUGAAGAAGAACUAUGAGGCAUCUAUACAGGCAACAAUGCAGGCAGGGGAUGUAGAGGAAGAAUAAGUGGUUUGAUUGUCCUUUGGGGUCACAUAUAACUCUAAGAGGGAUAGAGGCGUUUCAGAAUGAUGAAAAUGUUGUUAUGAAUAUAUUUAUG